AUGACCGUUCCAGCGGAAUCAUCCUCUCCUGGUCGCCCAAGACCAUCGUUGCUCUUUGGCUCGCCAGGUUUCCGCAUAUUACUGCUAUGGCUUACACCGCUUUUAGCGUUAUUGCUAGCCAUGUGGGGUAUCAUCGGUCGAUUUCUCACUCUUCCUCCUAAACCUGUAGCCACCACAGCUCUUAUCAUCACAUGGAUUUUAUACCUCGUCAUCCCUCACAUCCCCGUGCGCCUUUUAGACUGGCCACUAGUCAUUACGCUAGGCCUCGCUAUUCUCUCGCACUUGCCGCGAUACAACAGCUUCGUUAUUCAUGGCAUUGUGACAACUUUACUCAUACUUUACGCUAUCAUCCGCAAAAGCCUAGCGAGUGUCGAAGAGUCUGAUGUUGCAAAGGCUGUCGUAGAAACAUUCACAGUGCUCUGCUGCUUCUUUCCACUGUGGCUGUCAUGUUGCAAUUUGCACUUGUGGUUACCGUCAGAUCUGAAAGAGCUCGAGAGAAUUGAGCGAACGAUAUACGGCAAUUUUCUUGAGACUGAAUUUAUGCUUUCGAAAGUCGCAGGUCUUGGAACAAUUCAUGUGCCAUAUUGUGGUGAUAUCAAGCUUCGACCAAAAGAUUUGGUGCUUGUGCACGGUUACCUAGCAGGAAACGCGUUCUGGAGUGCUAAUUUACAGGCACUUGCAAGGUGUUACAACGUGUUUGCCGUAGAGUGGAAAGGAAUUGGGCGGUCAGACCGCCCGAAAUGGCAUCCAAAGACGGAGAAAGAAAUGGAUGACUUUUUUGUUGAAUCGCUGGAAGAUUGGAGAUCUGAACUUCAUCUUGACCACUUUAUUCUUUGUGGUCAUUCGAUGGGGGCCAUGUAUUGUAGCUAUUAUGCGGAAAAAUAUCAUCAACGUAUCGAGCAUCUAAUUCUUGUCUCUCCAGCUGGAGUUAACAGCAGCGAAAUUAAGCAAGAAAAUCUUCCUUUGCUUCUGAAGUUUACAUCGUUGUUCUACAUAACUCCAAUGAGUAUAAUUCGAUUUGCAGGUCCCUUGGGUCCGAAAAUUGUUCGAUGGUCGUGGCGAAAACGCAUCAAAUGGACACCAGCAACAAACAUUGUUCGGUCUGGAGAGGUAGAUUUUGGCCUUAUAACGGAUUAUUGCUACCACAAUUGGGCCCUCCAAGCAUCAGGUGAUAUCGCGUUUUACACCCACUUGCACCCGGGAGCAAGUGCGAGACGCCGAGCGUUAGACAGUGUUCUUACUGCGGAUACAUUUCACGUUCCAUUAACCAUCAUAUACGGUGGCGGUAUGGAUUGGAUGAAUUCAAAAUAUGGCGAAGCAGUUGUCCGUCAGCUGGAAAGGACUCAGUAUGCGGUUUUUCGUCUGGUGCCAAGUUCAGGCCACCAGGUGUUUAUGGACGAUCCUAACGAAUUUAACCAAAUACUUGUUCGGGCGCGCUCAGAGUUUGCGGUCAUUGUUAAAAUGACGAGUCUCAGCGAAGACGAGUGGAGCUUGGUCAGUGACAAUCAAGAAGUGUUAUCCGAAGUGAGCUUUGACGAAGUAAACGAAGGAUCUGAAGUUCAUGAAACGUCUAAUUAUGAAGUAUCAAAAGUCAGAAAAGAGCCUUUAGAUAAUCAAGACGAAGCGCUGGCUUCUGAAGAAGAUACAAAUGAGGUGCUUUCGCUUCUUGCUGACUCAAUGUUAUCAGAGAGAUCAAGUUUUUCGAAAAAGAAUUCUCUUUCGUUGCUUUCGAAGGCUCACCGAAAGCGGUUCGCUGGCUUUUCUCCACACUAUGCAUCUAAUCACCGCAAGACCAAGAGUUCAUACCCUGAGCGCUUGCGAGCUAUCACUUCAGCCUCGCGCUCACCUGAAGAAGUUGAGCACCUGAAGUACAAUGUGCUUACAUCUUCAAAGCAGGACCAGUCAACUCAAGUCAAUCUCAAUGUUGUUCCUGAGCAACCAGAAUACACUGUUGUCACAGCUUUUCAACCAAAUUGUUUUGUACGAGGCGUCUUUAUAGCACAGCCAAAAAAUUUAAGCGUGACACGUUUUAAACAAGACCAGUCUACUCAAGUUGACUUGGACGAUAUGGAGGUAAGUUCGCUUGAAAAUCGUAAAGUGCUAUCUUGUGAAGCUCCUGUACGAUCACUGGAGGCAACGAACAAGGUUCAUGCCACGUUUCAGGACAAUGAACGUCUUUCGCUUUGUAUUGCAGAAUUAAAAAGUGUGGCGGUCCAAAUUGAGCAAAAAAUUCUGCUUCAAGAGCAGAUGAUCGGAUUGUUUGAGCGCAGUUUGACUUUGGUCGAACCCUUUACCAGUCUCACUACUGGUAAUCAAGAUAAUCCGCAGACAGUUGCGAAUAAUCUCAGACAAGCAAAUGCUCAUUUGAAAUGUCAGAUAGCGCUUCUGCGUGGGGAUGGUAAAGUCUUAGCUACCUACAGCUUAGCCGAGCUUGAAGAAGUAGAGACUAUGCUGACACAAGCUAUGGGGAGCAUUCGUGGCAUCAUUCGAGAUAAGUACCGAUCAGCUGUGGAGAAGCAUGAUACGAACAAUUUGCCUUGA